GUACACAGACAUUCAACAAGCGACAGCAAGAGGACUAUCACAUACUACUGGACUGGACUGGAUUACAAAACUUCAUAACAACAUAAAUCUAAUGCCGUUCAACCCACACUGUGACCUUCAAGUCGUUUCCAAUGUAACCAAGUCAGUUUAAAGUAGGAACUGCAUUUCCUUUCUGUUUAUUGUUUCGCGUUUCACGUCAUUUUUUUCUUUUGACAAUCAUAUGUGACAUUUUAAGAGGCAAACAGUAUUGCUGGUACCAUGGCUGACGCAGCCCAAAACCAGAUGGUCGAGAUCGACCCGGACUUCGAGCCACUCUCAAGACCCCGCUCCUGCACUUGGCCGCUCCCGCGGCCGGAGUUCCCUAACCCCGCCGCCGCAGACUCCAACACAUCGUCCCCGGCUCCGUCCGUCAAGCAGGAGCCCUCCAGCAACACAGACUUCAUCAACAACCUCAGUCUGCUGGAAGAGAAUGAAGACUACCCCGAUCAGAAGCCUCUUAUGCUGUGCGGCGAUUUCCAGUGCCAGGAGAACUGCAUCCACCAGCAACAAAUCCCGAGUCACCCGCAACAGGUGCCCGUGCUCUCCUCUCCGGUGGCCGCUGCCGCUGCAGCCGCCGCCGCCGCGCAGCGCAAGAGCAGCUCGUCCCGACGCAACGCCUGGGGGAAUAUGUCAUACGCGGACCUGAUCACCAAAGCCAUCGAGAGCUCCCCCGAAAAACGGCUCACCUUGUCUCAGAUCUACGACUGGAUGGUGAAAAGCGUCCCUUAUUUUAAGGACAAGGGGGAUAGUAACAGCUCCGCUGGUUGGAAGAAUUCAAUCAGACACAACCUGUCCCUACAUAGUAGGUUUAUCCGUGUGCAGAAUGAGGGGACAGGUAAGAGCUCUUGGUGGAUGCUCAACCCUGAAGGCGGCAAAAGUGGCAAGUCGCCUCGACGCCGAGCUGCCUCCAUGGACAAUAACAGCAAGUUUGCCAAGAGCAGAGGACGAGCGGCAAAGAAAAAGCUGGCUCUUCAAGGUGGGCCCGAGGGGGGUGCAGACAGCCCAGGCUCUCAGUACGGUAAGUGGCCUGGCAGUCCAAACUCCCACAGCAACGAUGACUUUGAUGCCUGGACGGCUUUCCGUCCCCGCACCAGCUCUAAUGCCAGCACACUGAGCGGUCGUCUCUCGCCCUUUAUUGACGACGAACUUGGCGACUCUGACGUCCACAUGGUCUACCCAGGCCCUGGGUCAGGAGCCAAAAUGACCUCCACCCUCCCCAGCUUGUCUGAAAUGGCUGGUUCUAUGGGUCACAGUGGCUCUGAGAAUGUGAUGGAAAACCUUCUGGAUAACCUCAACUUGCUCUCACCUAAGAACCAAUCAGUGGGGCCUACAGGAGGCCCUGGGUCAGGAUCCAACCAGUCUUCACCCUCCUCGCUCAUGCAGGCCAGCCCUGGUUACUCCCCCUACAGUUCCCCAAGCCUGGCUGCAGUCAACCAGCAGACCCAACAAGACUAUCGUAAGUGUCUCUACGGCCAGGCAGGAAUGGGCAGCAUGUCUCCCAUGCCUAUGCAGUCUCUGCCAGAAAGCAAGUCCAGUUUUGGUCCCGGUCCAGGAACUAUGGGCCAGUUUAACUGCACAGCAGGGCUGCUGAAGGAGCUUCUUACGUCUGAUGGGGAGCCUGGAGAGCUCCUGCCCUCGGUGGAUACCGUUGUCUCCCAGUCAGCUGGAGGUGGUGGAUGUAUGUUGCCCCCCUACAGCAGUGGGCGGAAUGAACUUAUGGGAGGUGGAGCAUCUCAUAGCCAUGCCCUCUCUCAUCCGCACAAUAUGCACGGACAAGCCCCACCCACAUCUGUGGCAUUGAACGGGCGAUCGCUGCACCCUCUGGCCGCAAUUGGCCACAGCGGUCCCGGUGGACGCCUGGGAAGCAUCAAGUCAGCCAUGCAGAUGCAGUACGGAGGCUCCGGUCAUCUUGGAGGUGGGAUUCCUUACUGCAGCAUCAACAGUAACGGAUAUGGCCGCAGCCCAGGGAUGCUGCCCCACCAGCAACAGCAACACCUGGAGAAGCUGCCCAGUGAUCUGGACGGUAUGCCUGUGGAGCGCUUCGAAUGUGACGUGGAGUCCAUCUUGCAUGAUACGCUCAUGGAUGGAGAAUCACUGGACUUCAACUUCGACCCCAUGGCAACCCAACAGGGGUUCCCGCCUCACAGUGUAAAGACCACCACCCACAGCUGGGUGUCUGGGUAAAAACUCUCAACUGAAGUACAGCAACACUUGAGCGGCUGUCCACAUGCAUCCAAAACUCUCGUCAACCCCUCGUCAGGGAAAGUAGCCCCUGUUAUUCUUUCACUUUCUUCAGCAGAGGCGGCUGAGAUAAACCUCACACUGCCAUGCACAUUUUGCUCAGUGCGGAGCUAAAUUGCAAGGACGUUCUCCUCAGACAAUGGGACUCACGUUCAAACCAAGUGCCAAACCAGGUGCCUGUGCUCCAUAGCCAAAUUGACAAGCUUUAUUUUACUGCCUUCUUCUUGCUGUAGAGAAUCUGUGCUCAAAUCAGGGCAACGAAAACCUGAGGCCCUUACAUCUGCUGCAGCACACACUUACCAAUGUCCACACCAAUUUACAGGAAUGAUUUUAAAGCCACAUUUUCCAUUAAGGGCAAACUGUGAUAAGGUAUAACCACCUAAUCCAAGACCAGGCAGCACACCUCAAGUACAUUUGAGACACCUCAGAAAAGUGACACCCAAGUUAAUAGCUCUUUUUCAUUCAUUGUGUUGUCAGUUCAAAACCCUACCCUGCAAUUUUUGCUGAGGGUAAUGCAUUCAUGCUGUGCUUCAUGGAGACUCCAUGAUUGGCCUUAUUGAGAAGAAGAACUGGAACAGUUGUAUGCAGGAAUGACUGUAAAUAGAUUUAUUUAGAAAUGGUCCUGCAGAAACAAGACCUUAAAAACGUUAGGGAAAUUGUUGCAGACUAGUUGAACUACGUCGCAUACAGCACAUCAUAACACUUUCAUUUCUGUCUCGUCAGCAUAUUUGACAUAGAGCAGAUGUACAGUACUACAUUUCUAAAGAGUAUGUUACUAUAAACUGGUGUACAUAGAGUUUACACAAUGAUAUCAACAAUCAGGGCAACAUAUUUGAUGUUGUUUUCUAAACCUGAGAGAAACUGGAUUUGAUAUUUUACUUUUUGGAGGGCUUACAUGGAAGAAUGUUUCUCAUCUGAAUUGUAUACAUCUUUCCACAUUUCUUGUAAAUACAUGAAAUAUAUAUUUCAAAAACAUAUAAAGUAGAAAUAUUUAGUUGUUUUUUUUUGUUUUGUUUUGUUGUUUUUUUUGUAUUAUCAUAAUUAUUCGUAUUGCUGUUUAUUAUUGGCUUCAGAUUUAUUUGGUUUGAGAUUUUUGUUAUUUAAAGGAAUGGUUCACCCAAUAAUGAAAAACCUAUUUACUUGUGUCAUUCCAAACUCAUUUAUUUAUUCUGUGGAACACAAAAGGUGAUUUUUUUGAACAAUGUCCUGGCUGCUCUUUCUCAUGUAAUUAAAAUAAAUCAAAUCGUCAUCAUUAUCAUUUAAUGGCAAACACCAGUGGUUUAUUCAAAUGCAUCUUUUGUGUGUCAUGGAAGAAAGCAUGUCACACAAGUUUGGAAUGACAGGAGGACGAGUAAAUGAUCCCAGAAUUUUAAUUUUUGGAUGAAUUACUCCUCUAAGCUGUAUUUAGUGUGUUUCUUCAGAGGUUUGGGGUCCUCAAAAGACAAAUUUAGCAUUUAAAAAUAAAUAAAUUAAAUCGUCUGUGCAUUCCUGCAUUAAAAAAAAAAAAAAGAUCAAUCCUGUCUUUGUUAUGACCCAUAUAAGAGUUAAAUCUAAAGAUUCCAUUGGUAAGAAAAAAUUGUUGGAUUUGCUCUUAAGAAUUUCUCACAGGGCCCCAGACACCACCAAAGCCUUUUACAGUGGUUAAAGUAGUUUAGAGCUACAGCGCUAUUAAACUCCUAUGCCUUCGCCACCAUAUUGAAUCUGUUGCUGUAGUAAUGCUACAGUCUGCCUUUAAGAAAGUGUAGUGCGUUUUUGAAAUUAUUUAUUUGGCUGAAGGAGAAGUGGUGUGAUUGUAUCAUUUACACUUGUAUUAUAUUUCUGUUUUAUUUCACAUCAAAUUGCAGGCACUGUGAUGUAUACGUUCUACAAGUUUGUGGUGAUUUUCCAGGUCUGUGCUGCCUCAACUUUUGUUUUUUGUUUCCUUUUCAUUUCUCGUUCACUUCACCGAAAAUUGUUUCCUUGCACUACUACAGGUAGACCUUAAAAAUGUUCAAACUGGCAAGCAAAAAUUGAAUCAGGGUGCCGAUUUCUCAGAUAAUUCAUUGAAGACUUGAAAAUAUUGAAAAUGAUUUCUUGAGUAGUGUUAUAAAACAAACGCUGAAGACAUUUUAAUGCUUUUGAGAAGAUUAUGAUACAUUAGGUUCUCACUGUUGGCCAACUUUUAAAUUAUUAAAUGUUAUUAGAAGUGUUCUUUCUAACUUGAGGACGGUAACACCGUUUUCUAAGGAAAUGGAAUGUGAUAGAGCAACAAUAGUGAUAGAGGUUUCUAUUCCUGUGGCUUUGUACUGUGUAGCCCUGGCCAUUGUGAAAUCGAAUUGGUCCAAAAUUCCACUCUACAUAACUCUAUAUCUAACAUAAAAUAUGAUUAGCUGUGCCAUAAUUUUCAUUUUCAGUAUGAAUAAUUCUUGUUGCGCCUGGUUGGGAUACAAUGAGGUUCAGUUGUGGGACGAAAGUCAGACAUCUGUCUACUUCACAAAUAACUCACACCAUAAAAAAUAUUAUUAAUAACCUCUGACCCCCACUGCCUCACUCAGCACAGGGAAAAGAUCAGAUACUUUUUACUAAUAUCACUGUGCCCACCAUCAUGAACAUGCAUUUGCUUUGUGAAUUUAGCAGGUGACCCCACCUAUGCACAUCCAUGUACUUUAAUGAUUAGUAUGAUUAUUGUCAUCUCCAGUAUGUUUUUAUCGAUGACGAGAUAUUUGAUAUUUCAUGUUUGAUAGAGCUGUGGAGUUAAUGUUAUGUUAAUGUCACAGAUGUUAGUUCAUAGUUCUGAUGAAGUAUAUUUAGAGUAGAAGAUAAUUUACAUGCAAAGCUUUUUGUACACUGACACUGAUAUUCUUGUAUUUAGCAGCAGUUUGUAGAAAACUUGGACAAAUGAAAAGGCAAAAAAAAAAAAAAAAACAUAAUAAUUGAGACAAAUUUGGAAGAAAAUUUAGCUGUUUUCUUCAGAUUGUGGAGUUUGGACCAAUUUUUAAUGAAAAAAAAAACUUUAAAUUAAAAUAUUGCACUUUGUCUAUAGAUGUAAUGAGUUCUCCUAGAGAGACAAAAAAAAAAGUGAAGAUUGUCUAUUUUGAAACAAACUGUUACAUUUCUUAACUUAUGUACAGAAAUGAUUUGAUUCACAAUCAGAAGAUGAUAUAACUAAAGGUGCAAUUUGUUUAUGUAUUUGAGAAAGUAAUAAUCUAUAAGAGAAAUUAUAUUGUUAAGCUGACAUGCCAAUACUGACAUAUGUAUAUUAUAUCUUCAUUCUUUAAGUUCAUCAGCAGAGAGCAAACCGUUUGUGAAAUGUGAGGCUACAGAGCUCUGUUUUUUGCUCUUGAUGCUGAUGUUGUGCUUGUAUUUCUGUACAAGAAACAUGCUGCCGCUGUAAAAAGCCAUGUGUAUAUAAAUUAUGUUAUAUAAAGAAGAAUCCAAUGUGA